GCAGCGCUAUGGCUUUGCUACCCCGGGGCCUGGACGAGCUGCCCGCCGCCUGCCUGUCGCCGUGCGGGCCGCCCAACCCCGCCGAGCUGUACAGCGAAGCGCAGCGCCUGGCGCUCGAGGAGCUGGUGGCGGGCGGCCCCGACGCCUUCGCCGCCUUCCUGCGCCACGAGCGCCUGGUGCUGGAGCUCGGCUGGCCGGCCUUCUACCAGGGCGCCUACCGCGGCGCCACGCGCGUCGAGGCGCAUUUCCAGCCCCGCGGCGCGGGCCCCGGCGGCCCUUACGGCUGCAAGGACGCGCUCCGCCAGCAGCUCCGCUCCGCGCGGGAGGUGAUUGCCGUGGUGAUGGAUGUAUUCACGGACAUCGACAUCUUCAGAGACCUGCAGGAGAUAUGUCGGAAAAAGGGGGUUGCUGUGUACAUCCUUCUGGACCAGGCUCUGCUCUCUCAGUUUUUGGAUAUGUGCGUGGAUCUGAAAAUUCAUCCUGAACAGGAAAAGCUGAUGACAGUUCGGACUAUUACAGGAAAUAUCUACUACGCGAGGUCAGGAACUAAAAUUGUUGGGAAGGUUCAUGAAAAGUUCACAUUGAUUGAUGGCAUUCGAGUGGCUACAGGCUCCUACAGUUUCACGUGGACAGAUGGCAAGUUGAAUAGCAGUAACCUGGUCAUCCUGUCUGGCCAAGUGGUUGAACACUUCGACCUGGAGUUCCGCGUCCUGUACGCGCAGUCCAAGCCCAUCAGCUGCAAGCUCCUGUCCAGCUUCGGGGUCAGCGGCAAGUUUGACCAUCUCCUGGAGCCGAAGCCGCUGUCCAAGGAGCUCACGUGGGGUAACCUGCUGCGCCAGCGGCUGGCCAGGCUCUCGAGCACCCCCAAGAGUGCCGGGCCGGAGUGUGCAGCCUCCCCCAAGGGCAGGGCGCCGGCCGGGCGCCGCGACUCCGAGUCCUCCACCAUCAGCGAGGAGGACUACUUCAACAGCCACAGGGACGAACCAGAGGGCGGGAAGGUGACCGAUGCCGCCACUCAGACAGAGCCGGGAGAGGAGAUGCCCGCGGUGAGCGUGAGCGACUCGGGCACACAGACCAGCACCGCCAUAACCAGUGCUGGGACCCAAACCACAGUUGCCACCCGGGCAGCGAGCUCCCAAACCACGGUUCAGUUCAUGUCGGCCACCACCCAGACUGAUGUGGGCGAGAAUGUUCUCUUUUCUCAGGGAACACAUUCUAAAGAAGGGUCCCCUCUGUCAAAGAUGUCUGUCUCGAGGUCUUCCAGCUUGAAGUCGUUCUCCUCGCUGUCCUCCCAAGGCUCAGUGGCCAGCUCCGCCGGCUCCCAGACUUCCGUCAGGACCAUUGACUUCAUCCUCCCCGGGCACGCCAAGUACUGGGCCACCCCCCACUUUGACUCACUCAGAAACUUGAAUAAAGAGCGGCAGUUUCACUUCUCCGCCCUCAGGUCCCGGCUCCACCACAUGCUGGCCAUGGUGUCAAGGAGAACGGUUCUUACUGAAAACUAUCUUGGCUUUAAUUCCGGAAAUUUUACCAGAGCACCAGUUAAUCUGCUGGCUAUUAGAGAUAUUACAGUCUAUCCCUCCUAUCAGUGACUGCUCAGCGUUCAGAGCCUCCUGGGUUCAGCCAGGCUUGUGAUAGACAUCACAAGCAUCCUGCUCUGCAGAAUGUCUCCUGUCCCUAAUUGUUUUUCUUUAUCUUUUAGUCACCAUGAUUUUUUUUGAAUUCUAUAAACUGCACACUAUUUUACAUGCUUUAAUUUUAUUUUUGUCAUGUAUAAACAAGCUCUUGGCUUUAUGGUUUAAACACUGGGUACAGUUUCUUUGCACUUUUUUUUAAUCCUCACAUGAGGAUAUUUUUUCAUUACUUUUCAGAGAGUAGAGGGGGCUGGGGAGA